AUGCCAAUUUACCAAUAUGAUAGAUCAAAAGAAAAUAAUAAUGAUUUAAUUCCUCCUAAUAUUUUGACCCAAUUACAAUCACCAUCAUCACCAACAAGUAAUAAAAAUAAUAAUUCAACAAUAAUAAUAAGUAGAGUAAAUACUCCAAGUACUUCAACUUUAUCAGGAUUAACAAAAAAUAUAUCAAGACAUUCUUCACCAAAAUUUGAAUCCGUUCCAAGAAUUCUAACUGGUUUUACUGCUCAAGUACAAAGUAGUGAUUCUCCUUUAAGACAAGAAUUUCGAAAUUCAAUAAAGAAACUCACCACAACAAAGAACAAUUAUAAUAAUGGUGACGGCGACAACGAUGAUGACAUU